AACAGAUGGGAGAACUCCCAUCUCUAAUUCAAACGCAUCCAAAAGUAUUGUUUAUAUUUUGAUUUUGUUUAAGCAAAUUUUAAAAAACAAACGACUUAACUGAAUUCUGAUAAUGUCGGAAACAGAGCCCACAGUUAAACGCGUUAAACUCGAACAGAAGCCGGCAAAGACGAAGCUGAAACUUUUGGACGAUGAUGUUGAUGAGACACCUUCCGCUUUCAAUCCCAAGUACAGGGUUUGUCCUUACCUUGACACCAUUAAUCGGAAUUUGCUGGACUUUGAUUUUGAGAAACUCUGCUCUAUAUCGCUGACUCGUAUAAACGUUUAUGCCUGUCUGGUCUGUGGCAAAUAUUUCCAGGGACGCGGUAACAAUACCCAUGCCUAUACGCAUUCUGUCGGCGAAGCCCAUCAUGUGUUCCUCAAUCUGCAUACGCUGCGCUUCUAUUGUUUGCCGGAUAACUAUGAGAUCAUAGACUCCUCAUUGGAUGACAUUAAGUAUGUACUGAAUCCCACGUUCACCAAACAGGAUAUUGCAAAUUUGGAUCGCAUCCGGCCCAAGCAUUCACGUACUGUGGACGGAGUGCUCUAUUUGCCUGGUGUCGUGGGUUUAAAUAACAUAAAGGCAAACGACUAUUGUAAUGUCGUGCUCCAUGCCUUGUCCCAUGUGGGUCCCUUAAGAGACUACUUCUUGCGUGAGCACAAUUAUGCUCAUAUCAAACGGCCGCCAGGCGAUUCCAUGUUCACACUGGUCCAACGGUUUGGCGAAUUGAUGCGUAAAAUGUGGAAUCCUCGUAAUUUCAAGUCCCACGUCUCGCCGCACGAAAUGUUACAGGCUGUCGUUCUAUGGUCGAGUAAACGUUUCCAAAUCACCGAACAAGGCGAUCCCAUAGACUUCCUUUCCUGGUUCCUUAACACCCUUCAUCGUGCUAUGAAAGGUAAUAAGCAGCCAAAUUCCUCAAUUUUGUACAAGAUCUUUUUGGGUGAAAUGCAAAUUUAUUCACGAAAAAUUCCGCCCGUCGAAUUGGAUGAUACGGCCAAGCAACAGCUAUUGGCCACUGAUGAGUAUCAGGAUAAAGUAGAGCAAACAAAUUUCAUUUAUCUAACCUGCGAUUUGCCGCCACCGCCAUUAUUCACCGAUGAAUUCCGUGAGAACAUCAUUCCACAGGUGAAUCUUUAUCAAUUGCUUGGCAAAUUCAAUGGCAGCGCCGAAAAGGAGUAUAAAACCUACAAGGAUAACUUUAUGAAACGUUUUGAGAUCACACGAUUACCUCAAUUCAUAAUAUUAUAUAUCAAAAGAUUCACAAAAAACACUUUCUUUCUGGAAAAGAAUCCCACAAUUGUUAAUUUUCCCAUUAAAAACGUUGACUUUGGAGACAUUCUGGGAAUGCGGCAGCGUGACAAAAACGUUAAAAACACCAAAUACAAUCUAGUGGCGAAUAUUGUGCACGAUGGUGAUCCCAAAAAGGGCACCUAUCGUGCCCACAUACUGCACAAGGCGAAUGGUCAGUGGUAUGAAAUGCAGGAUCUGCACGUAACGGAAAUUUUACCACAAAUGAUAACCCUAACUGAAUCCUAUAUACAAAUUUAUGAGCGCAGCGACGAACCCUAGAAUAAGAAAAAAUUUUAAUGUUUUUAAGUAAUUUGAUAAACCAUUAACAAUAAACAUUUCUUGAUUUGGCAAGA